AUGUCGGCCAUUUUCGACGUAUACGGCCAGCCAGACAUCUCAGACUCGAUGCUCGACCCAGAGUACGAUCUGAGCGACAUCGACGAGAUGUUUCCUACGCCGGACUGUGUAGCCAUGACGGUCGAGGCGGUGGAGGAUGAGGCGGUGGCUGUGGAACCUCAGAAUACCGAUCGGCUGCCCAUCGAGAAGCCUGGGACGGACGUCGAUCAGAAUGAAUGGAUGAAGGUGUUUGUCCCUUCACUCCUGCUCGCGGGGUUUCCCAAGCAGAUCCCUUCGUCCGAAAUGAACACCCCUACAUCGGCGUGCCUACGGUCCUCCCACAAGGUCACGCCCGCUGUGCCUACGCCCAUCCCAGCCCUCACCCUCAAUCCCUCAUCCCAGCCACUACAGGUCCGCUUUGACCAAUCUUCCUUUUCGGCGCCCAACCACGGCUCCCACUCCAUCUCUCCACCGCUCACCCUCUCCACCCUUCAGUACCCCUUCCAAACGCUCGACCUAUACGGCCCCUCCUUCUCCCACCCUUCCUUCGAGCAGCCACCUCCCCUCACCUCUUCGUUCCCCGGGAUGGAGUAUCUCAACUUUCCAGAUACGCCCGGACCGCCCAGAUCCGCGCGGAGAGAGGCGCCGGAAGUCGAUGGGAUGACGGAGAUUAUGGCAAUAGCGUCAAGCGGGGGCGGAUUCAGCAUGGACAUGGUCGCUGAGCCUAAAAUGGGUCCCGUCCAAGUGGAUGCGUGGGAUAUCUUCCGGACGCCAAUGCUAGCAGGCGGCGCGGGCGAGGUGGACCGGUCCGAGCUCCAGGCCGGAUUGUUGAAGCGGAAGCGGGGUCGCCCCCGCUGCACCUUCACCACAGACCGCCCACUUCCCUCUUCUUCCGCUCCGUCCGAGGGCUCCUUGCCCUCUCCAGCAGCUCAGGUCGCGCGCGAAGCCGAGAUCAGGACGCAAGAGGCGCUCGAGGCCGAGUUGAAGUCGGCGGUUGAUGAGCUGAAUGGGCGAGUGAGGGGAAUCUUGGAUCGGACAACGCCAGAGGUCGUGCGCGAGGCGGGCGUAUCGGAUAUUCUGGACGGCCCUACUGGACACUGGGGCGUAGCCAAGGCUAUCAUUAGUAGAGUCAUCGGCCCGUCCCCGCUUCAAGUGGCCACGCCCCUACCGUCCAAUCGUAUCGAGGUAGACACACCUGUCCCGAUCAAGGAAGCCACGCCUGUUCCACCCCGAGCGGAACUGACAUCGCCUCCCCCGGUUGCUCUUCUAUCUGUAUACAAGGGAUCGUGGACCCCCCUCGAGAUCGCCCGGCUGAAAGAUAUCGUUGCUAGCUCGUUCGCCAUCCUCGAGGGAGUCAACCGGGUCGACUGGGAUCUCGUCGUUGACACCUUUGGGCCGACGCGGACGAAGCACCAGAUUCUCUGCAAGGCGGUCGAUCUCGGCUUGAGGGGUACAACCACUGCGGUCAGCCGUCGCAAGAGGCAGAAGCGGAACCAGCAACCAACACCGUCAGCGCUGAGCCGGAGCGUGAGCACGAGCGGAGAGGACGGGGACGCCGAGGACGAGCUGGGGAUCUGCACUACUGCUACAUCUGUCUCGUCCUUAUCAUAG